AUGCAUCUGUGCACCAUCAGCGUGGACCGGUACCUCUCCCUGAGGUACCCCAUGAAAUUCGGGAGGAACAAAUCGCGAAGAAGAGUCAUCCUCAAAAUCGUCUUCGUAUGGCUGCUAUCCAUCGCGAUGAGUUUGCCGCUUAGUCUUAUGUACUCUAAGGUAUGUCAAGUAGAGAUGGCCGAUAUCGUUAUUUUUGAAUGUCUAUGA